AUGGCGUCAGCGAUGGAUAGCAAUCAAGAACGUAGAAAACGCGUAUUCGUGGGAAAAUUACCACCGGAUUUUCUCAGAGUGACUAAUAAUAGGCCUUUAUCUGCACAAGAACAACAGGAAGCUGCAGAUGCUCAAACUGCAUUAGCAUUGCAACAACAAUUAGUCGAAACUCCAUAUUCGUAUAAUUUAAGUGGAAAAUUAAGCAUAACAGUUGCUCAAGCUAAAUUAGUUAAAAAUUACGGAAUGACAAGAAUGGAUCCCUAUGUCAGAUUGAGAGUCGGUCAUAGCGUCUACGAAACUCAUACUGAUCCGAGUGGUGGAAAAAAUCCAAAAUGGAAUAGAAUUGUUCAAUGUUUACUUCCACAUGGUGUUAAUAGUAUAUACCUUGAAAUAUUCGAUGAAUGUUCUUUUAAAAUGGAUGAAUUAAUCGCUUGGACUCAUAUUCCAAUACCUCAAAAUGUCAUGAACGGCGAAACACAUGAGGAUUGGUUUCCUUUAAGCGGUAAACAAGGUGAAGGAGUCGAAGGAAUGAUUAAUUUAGUCAUUAGUUUUGCAGUAAGUCAUUACAGUAUUUAUUCGCCAGUAUCUACAUCGAUAUUAAUGGAUGUCGCAAAUCCUAAUUAUAAUAUGAGACAUGUUCCAGUCACUUAUACAUCAGCUCCGAUAUCUCAAAUAGAAGACAUGUUUUCAAAUAUUGAAAAAGAUGUCAUCAAAUCGGUUUAUGAAGCGAAUAGAGGUAAUAAAGAUUUAACUGUAAAUUCACUUCUUCAAAUGUCUGACUAA